AUGACGCUGCAUGAAACGCUUGAGACCGCCAUUCGCACGAUUCCCGACUAUCCCAAGCCGGGCAUCAUGUUCCGGGACAUCACGACGCUUCUGGGCGACGCAUCGGCGUUCCGCCGGUCGGUGGACGAACUCGUCCAUCCCUAUGCCGGCACCAAGAUCGAAAAGAUCGCCGGCGUCGAAGCGCGCGGCUUCAUCCUCGGCGGGGCCAUGUCGCACCAGCUUUCCGCCGGCUUCGUGCCGAUCCGCAAGAAAGGCAAGCUGCCGCACGACACGGUCCGCAUUGCCUACAGUCUCGAAUAUGGCGUCGACGAGAUGGAGAUGCACAGGGACGCCGUCAAGCCCGGCGACAAGGUGAUCCUGGUCGACGAUCUGAUCGCCACCGGCGGCACCGCAGAGGGCGCCGUCAAGCUUCUCCAGCAGAUGGGCGCGGACGUCGUUGCGGCCUGUUUCGUGAUCGAUCUGCCCGAUCUGGGCGGCCGCGCCAAGAUCGAGGCGCUGGGCGUUCCGGUGCGCACGCUGAUCGAAUUCGAGGGCGACUGA